AUGACAUCAUCAAAAACCAUCUUGGACGCAUUGAUCGUUGCCGAACGCAAAUUUGUCGAGAAUGAUUUAAAUACUCUCGUAGAGAAAUAUUUAAUUCCACUUUCGGAUGAAGACAGCUCUCCGCUCGCAGCAGCAACAAGCACUUUGGAAAAUCAUCAUCACGCCGAAGAAAAUUAUCUUCACAACGUUUCCAGUUCUUUAAACAUUAUUAAGAAUUUACACAAGUUCACCUUGUCGAGAUUGGAAAAAUCAGAUUUAGAUCCCAAUACAUUGGGUGCUCUAUUUUCAACAGUGACCUCUCAAUUAUUGGCUCCUUACAAACAAUAUUACACAUCAGUGCCAAAAAUUAUGAACUAUUUGCAAAAGGAAAAGGAAAAUAAUGAAAGUUAUAGAAAUUGGUUGAAUCAAAAUGAUGAAGCAACUCUGAAUCGUUUGUUGGUGGAGGCACCUCAGGAACAUUUAAAGUUUUAUGCACAACAAUUGAAUGAAUAUUUAAAAACAACAACCAUUUCACAAGAAGAAAAGUCUCAUGUUGAGAGCAGUUUGGAUUACUUGAAAAAAACAAUGGAAGCCAUUGUUAAGGCACAACAUGAGAAACAUCAUACACCUAUUCGUCGUCUUUCUGAGAAGCAAUAA